AUGGAGGAAAAACAACAACAACAGCUGCAGCGCAAAAAGAAAAUAACAACACAAAGACUGUCGUCCCCCAAGACAAGAUCCACCUCUCUUUUACUGCCGGGCACCCGUGUACGUCUGAACAAAAGCAAAGGCACCUUUGAGAAAGGUUAUCUCCCCAAUUGGACCACUGAACUGUUUACAGUGGAUCGGUUGGUGACUGGGAGAACACCUCCUGUGUAUCGGAUCAAAGAUGAUCAUGGUGAAGUCCUCCAAGGAACUUUUUACCCUGAAGAAAUACAGCCCAUCUUGAAAACAGACGAUGUGUAUGCCGUGGAUCGCGUGCUGAAAAGACGUCCAGGACAGAAACAGGGUCAAGAAGAGGUCUUGGUGAAAUGGACUGGCUUCCCUGCCAGUUUUAUUUCGUGGAUCCCUGCAGAUCAUUUACAGAUAAAGGAGCAUGCUGUCUCUCAGACUCAUUCAGAGGGUGGACACACGCGAUGA